GAUGUAAGGCCUGAACUCGAAGGCCUUCCAGAACAUUCACCUUUUUAUGUGUGUGGAGUAAAGGGACAUGUUUAUAGCUGUCCUAAGGUCCUACUGUAGGACAAGUGCGUAAGUUGAACACAGUGGCACUUUGGGGGGUCAACCUAGGUGGACGUUUGGGCCAAUCAAGAGCCCUUCUGGUGUGAUAUCAGGACAAAAACAACACAUUGAAGUAUAUGAUACAUUCAAUUAAAGUUUCAAAAUAGUAAAAAUAAUCAGUAUUGGCAAUUUGGUGCUGUAUAUCAACUCAAACGUGAUGUAAGGCCUGAACUCGAAGGCCUUCCAGAAGAGAACUUGAACUUGAGCGAAGUCGACUAAAAGCUGAGACACUGUGCCUUUAAGAAGCCCCCACCCUCUCACAACAGGGGGGGCGUGAGCUGAAUCCUGGAACAGCGAUUGAAAAAAAAAAAAAGCUCCACCAGCGGACUGUUUCAAGUCCCCCCCCCCGGCUGAAACCCUGCCUGAUUUGUGGGCAAUGUUGGGGAUGUAGAGGAAAAAAAGGAAACCGGAGCAAAGAGAGCGCAAGGAAGGAAGGGAGAGAGAGAGAGAUAGAGAUAGAGAGAGAGAGGGAGAGACAACACUAACCGGGUAGCUAUGGAGAUAGUAGCUUCUCCUGGUAGCUUUCUUUGACAGGUGUCGAGUGGGAUAAAAAAAACACAAAGUAUCACAACAGCCUCCAAGAUGUACGGCAAGGGUAAAGGAGCUGUGGUCCCCUCCGAUAGCCAAGCGAGAGAAAAGUUAGCAUUAUAUGUGUACGAGUACCUGCUACAUGUGGGAGCACAGAAGUCCGCACAGACCUUCCUGUCUGAGAUUCGAUGGGAGAAGAAUAUUACAUUAGGGGAGCCUCCUGGAUUCCUCCAUUCGUGGUGGUGUGUAUUCUGGGAUUUGUAUUGUGCAGCUCCAGACCGAAGGGAGACAUGCGAGCACUCCAGCGAGGCAAAGGCCUUCCACGACUACAGCGCAGCGGCGGCGCCCAGCCCUGUGAUGGGCAACAUGCCCCCGAACGAUGCCAUGCCAGGUGGUCCCAUGCCCCCAGGCUUCUUCCAGGGACCACCCGGCUCUCAGCAGUCCCCCCACGCACAGCCCCCCCCACACAACCCAAGCAACCCUAUGAUGGGACCCCAUGGCCAGCCUUUCAUGUCACCACGGUAUCCAGGUGGACCGCGCCCCGCACUCCGAAUGCCAAAUCAGCCUCCGGGGGGAAUCCCUGGAUCUCAGCCUCUCCUGCCAAACAGUUUGGACCCGACAAGACCGCAAGGACAUCCUAACAUGGGUGGACCUAUGAGGAUGAACCCUCCUCGAGGGAUGGCCAUGGGCCCACAGAAUUAUGGAGGUAUGAGGCCUCCUCCCAACUCCAUGGGCGGCCCCAUGCCAGGAAUGAACAUGGGUCCCGGAGGAAGAGGGCCUUGGCCAGGACCUAAUGCUAACUCUAUAGCGUACUCCUCCUCAUCUCCAGGAAACUAUGUGGGUCCUCCAGGCGGAGGAGGUCCACCUGGAACUCCCAUCAUGCCCAGCCCAGGUGAUUCAACUAACUCCAGUGAAAACAUCUACACGAUGAUGAAUCCUAUCGGACCGGGAGGCAACAGACCCAAUUUCCCUAUGGGGCCUGGGCCUGACGGGCCAAUGGGAGCUAUGGGAGCCAUGGAGCCACACCACAUGAACGGAUCACUAGGGUCUGGGGAUAUGGACGGGUUGCCAAAGAGCUCCCCUAAUAACAUGGGGGGUAUGAACAACCCUCCUGGAACGCCGAGAGAUGACGGCGAAAUGGGCGGGAACUUCUUGAACCCAUUCCAAAGCGAAAGUUAUUCACCCAACAUGACGAUGAGUGUGUGAUUUUAUUUUUUCCUUUUUUUUGUAUUUUUCUUUAUUUCCCCUUCCUAUUUUUGUACCCCUGCACCUGAUUUUUUUUUUUUUUUUUUUUUUUCUCCUUCAAUUCAAUCCUUACUUCACCUCGGAUUGGACCACCUCCCCUCCUAACACA